CGUUCAAAGGAUAGGUAUCCUGUGAUUAUGUCAUUUGAAGUUUUCAAAAUAAGAGAGAAAGGACGUGCCUUAAGAGCACUGAAAGAAAUAGAAACAGGAGGAAAGGUUUUAGUAGACACACCUGUUGUAUGCGUUUUGGGUAACAAUGCUCGAAAACUGUUUUGCGAUAACUGUUUCAGACCUAACAGUAUUUUACUUCGGUGCUCUGGCUGUAAAUAUGCAWGGUACUGCCACCAUCAAUGCCAAUUAAAKGCAUGGAAGAUGCACAAAAAUGAAUGCAUGAGACUACGUGCAGUAGCGCCUCAACUCCCAACAGACCUGGUUCGACUUAUGUACAGGAUUCUUGACAUGAAGGCUUCAAAUCAAGACAUGUCGUGGUACGAAAACUUGGUAUCAAAUGUGGAUCAAAUCACGGAAAAAAGGAGGAAAGAGUUUGUAGCUGUCCUGGCAGUGCUUGGUCAUUUCACAGGACACGAAUUUAUCAUCAGGUUCGAAUCUUCAGAGAUAAUUGAACUUUUUGCCAAAGUGUCCUGCAACAGCUUUAGUAUAUGUAAUGGUGAAAUGCAACCUAUAGGUGUGGGUUUAUAUCCUGUUGCAUCAACAUUAAACCAUUCCUGUAAUCCAAACUGUGUUGCUGUUUUUAAUGAUACUCAGCUUGUAAUCAGAGCUGUGAGGAAAAUCUUUUGUGGUGAUGAACUGACCAUUAGCUAUACAGAACUUCUUGUUCCAGCACAAAUUAGACAAAAAGAACUUAAACAGCAAUAUUUCUUUGAAUGCUGCUGUGAGAAGUGUGCAAAUCAAGAAGAUUGGCUGGUGAAUUCCUAUAAAUGUGCAAAUAAACACUGUAAAAAUGCUGUUCCUGACACAGGUAAAUGUGAAAGCUGUGGCACCGAGAGAGAUGUAAAACAAAUAUUAGAUAUUUGUAAAUAUGCAAAAUGUAUUCUUCAUGAAGUGGAAAAGUACAAAAUAGAUCCAAUUAAAGUAAUGGAGCUCUGCGAUAAAGCUAUAAAACAACAAGAAUACAUUCUUUACCCUUAUCACUAUCUCUUAAUUGGUACUUUGGAUAAAGCUUUUGAUGCAUGCAUAUCAGCAUGCAGGUGGGAAAAAGCACUAGAUUAUGGAUUAAGGACUCUAGAGCCUUACAGACAUAUCUACCACCAAUAUCAUCCCAACAUUGGAAUUCAGCUUUUCAGAAUUGGGAAGUUGCAGAUUUUCUUAGAAAUGUUUGAACCUGGUAUCCAGACAUUACAAAAGGCACUGAAUGUUCUAAAAGUUACCCAUGGUGAUGAGCAUCAAACUGUCCAUCAGUUGAAAGAGGUAAUUGCAGAAGCAUCAGAAGAGUACAGGCAAAAACAUAUCUAGCCAUUGUUAUGAUUACAUUUCUUGAAUCAAUGCAACAUCACCAGGUACAACAAAUAGUCCCAGUUAUUGAUCAAGGGAAGCUUUUUUUCAUGCAAAUAAUAAUUGUAGUAAAGCCAGUACAAAAUACAGUCAGGCUGUUAUAUAAUAGAGAACAUGGCUAUGACAAUACCUCUAGGUAAGAUUCUAUUAUUAGUAAGUAAUAUAAUACCAUUAAAGAUAUGUCGAAUA